AUGAAUUGCCGGUAUUCAGAUUCCUCUUGUGGUGAAGAAUGGGAUGCCCGAUCGAAGGUGGCGCUGAUUCAGUGCUAUCGUGACGAGCCAGGCAUUUGGAAUGUACACGUCACUUAUCGUACUGAUACCGACCGACGUCAAAGUUUGAAUGAUGCAUGGAGGCGGAUUGAGCAACGCAUGAAUUGUAUGGGAUAUAAUUUUGAAUUGCCACAGUUGAAAAAGAAGAUGAAACAACUGAAGGAUCAAUUUGUUCGAGAGAAUAAAAUGUUCGAGGAUCACAGUUCGAAAUGGCAGUUUUACGAGGAAAUGCGUUUUUUGAAUCAAGACGAAGAGCCCAGUCCAGAAUUCAAUACACUUAACCUUGGCCUUCUGAACUAUGUCGGCCCAGUGAUUGCUCAAAGUCCAUCUCCUACUCAAGAAGAAAGUCUCCUAUUCAACGAUGUCGAGAACCACAUCAGGAAUUGUAGCUCAUCUCUAGACAUUGAAGUGAAAUCGGAAUUCAAAUUGAACGAAGACUUAUCGCUAUUUAACGAUCACGAUAAACCACGAGCUUCAAUUACGCCUAGUGGAGUCGUACUACCAGAAUCUUUAAUGGACGAGUUGCUUAGGCUGGUACUUUCAAACAAAAAUGUGAUUUUGAACGAAGACAGUGAUGAAGAGUCAAAGAAUCGGGCAUGGUUAGAAAUCCAUCUCUCUCUAAAAGCAAUCAACCAGACUAUUCCAUCAGUAGAUGAGCUCAAAGAGGUGUUCAGCAGGAAGUACCUCCUUAUCAACGAUAUCGUGUUAAACCACUACAAAGAAGACAACUAUUCUACGAAUGUUCGUCGUUUUCUUCAAAGUGCUGUGAGCAAAUGUCUACCAGAGGACAAGUUCACAGCUCGAGAGCGAGAACUGGGAGCGAUCGCUCUGCGAAAGUUGUUCCCACCGCAAGAGAACAAACCCCCGUCAACUAGGAAACGUCGUUUCGCGGAUAUUGCCAACGGUGAAGAGGACCAACAUUCACGCGCUGGAGCUUCUGUUGAUAAGCAAACUGAAACUGAAAGAAUUUUUCAGCCUACAAAUACUGACGCCCCGAAAAAUGGUACUUGUGGAUGUCAUUCCGACGAUGGAUGCUUUAGAGAGAGCCUCUCGGAGAUGAUAAAGGCACAGAAGGAGUACUUCAAGAUAGCAGCCGAGGUCCAAAAAGAACAACUGCGGCUGUUCUCUGCCAUGGGAGAUGUACUGAAUCGAGUCUCAUCGAAGUUACUACCUCCUGAUCCCUGUCAUAUAUAA